UCGAAAGCUCUCUCGAGCUCUAGGGUUUGGUUUCGUCUCCAAUGGCGGACGAGGCAAUCGCCAAGGGCGACGUGGCCUUCUCUGCUGGCGACUUCGAAGAAGCCAUCGACCAAUUCACGGAGGCGAUCAAGCGCACUCCGACCGAUCAUGUCGUCUACUCCAAGCGCUCUGCCGUCCACGCCGUAAUGGGGGACCACUUCGAGGCUGUCGCCGAUGCCCUCAAGAUCAUCGAUCUCAAGCCCGAUUUGUCCGAGGGCUACCUCCUCGUUGGAUCGGCGCUCGUCGGCGCUGGGUACUUCAACAAUGCUAUUGCCUUUUACAAGAAGGGCCUUGAGCUUCACCCUUGCAACGAGGCCCUCAACACCGGUCUUGCGGAAGCUGAGGCGUUGGCAGAACAGAUACAGGGGUUUGCCGGGGCUUCGACUCAAAGCUCAUCGCACUUCUCCUUCCGGCCAUCCAGCCCCGAGCUGACUGCCUCCCGCUUACUGUUUACCUCCCGGCUCUUCUCGAUGCCGAAUCUGUUCGAGAAGCUCGCUGAGUACCCGACGACUAAGGAGUAUAUCCAGCAACCUGAUUUCUUGAAGAUGGUGAAGGAUGUGCAGGAAAACCCUAGCAACUUGGAUUUGUACGUCGAGGACUCGAGGAUGAUGGAAACUUUUGGGGUCCUCAUUGGUUUAGUUGGUUUUCCUUUGGAAUUGGAUUCCAUCCCUGUGCAUCAGAAGCGUGAACCUGAGUCAAUGGAGGAAUCGAAGGGAGCAACAGAGAGGAGGGUGAGGAAGGCAAUGGCACAAAUAGAGAAGGAAGAGGGGAAUCGUGCUUACAAGAAGAAGGAUUUUGAGACGGCGAUCAAGCAUUAUAACAGAGCACUGGUGUUUGAUGAUGAGGAUAUAUCGUUCCUUACCAACAGGGCCGCUGUUCACAUGGAGAUGGGAGAGUAUGCAGAGUGCAUAAGGGACUGUGACAAAGCUGUGGAGAGGGGAAGAGAGCUUAAAUCUGAUUUUAAGAUGAUAGCAAGGGCAUUGACUAGGAAAGGAACUGCUUUUGUAAAGCUCGCAAAAGUUUCCAAGGACUAUGAUGCUGCUAUUGAGUCUUUCCAGAAAGCGUUGAUUGAACACCGUAAUCCUGACACAAUGAAAAAGCUGAAUGAUGCUGAAAAUGCAAAGAAAGAACUAGAGCAGCAAGAAUACUAUGAUCCAAAAAUAGCAGAUGAGGAGCGUGAGAAAGGCAAUGAGUUUGCUAAGCAGCAAAAAUACCCAGAGGCAGUGGAACAUUACACAGAAGCUCUAAGAAGGAACUCUAAGGAUAUAAGGACAUACAGCAACAGGGCUGCGUGCUACACUUGGUUGGGAGCCUGGGCUGAAGGACUCAAAGACGCACAGAAAUGCAUUGAGCUAGAUCCUUCUUUUUCGAAGGGAUAUAUCAGGAAAGGUACAAUUCUGUUCUUCAUGGAAGAUUAUGGCAAAGCACUAGAAGCAUAUCAAGAAGGAUUGAAACAUAAUCCAAACGAUCAGGAUUUGAUGGACAAAGUACAAAGUUGUGUUGAGCAGAUUAAGCGGACCAUGGGAGAGGGCACCCGCCCAGCAGAAUUGCAUGCGAGAUGGGGAAAGGUUAUACAAGAUACUGAAAUACAGAAUAUAUUGUCAGAUCCAAUAAUGCAAUCGGUACUGCAUGACUUAGAAGAAAAUCCCAGUUUAGCCCUGCAUCACCUGAAGGACCCACAGGUGUUGUACAAGAUCCAGAAACUUAGGAACGCAGGGUUAAAUUUAAUGAAUUAAAGGUGGCUGGACAGAAAUACUGCAAUGAUUUUGAACUUGUUUCUUCUUUUUUGGAAAUUCUUCUUUAGCUUUCCUCUCUUUUUCUUCUUUUUCAUUGGUCAUACGUUGACUCUUCGUCUUUCUAGUAUUACAUCUUCCUAGA